AUGUCUAUUCAAGUCUCAACGUGUCCUCUCGUCCAAAUUCCUAAACCCGAACACCGCCCAAUGGCAGAGUUUCACCCUAGCAUUUGGGGUGACCAAUUCAUUGCCUACACUCCCGAAGAUGAGGAUACACGUGCUUGCAAAGAGAAGCAAGUUGAAGAUCUGAAAGCGGAAGUCAGAAGGGAGUUAAUGGCUGCUGCCGGUAACCCUGCCCAAUUGUUGAACUUCAUUGAUGCAGUGCAACGGCUUGGGGUGGCAUACCACUUUGAAAGAGAGAUAGAAGAAUCAUUACAACAUAUUUAUGAUAGGUUUCAUGAUGCCGAUGAUACAGAAGAUGAUCUCUAUAAUAUUGCUCUUCAAUUUCGACUACUGAGACAACAAGGGUACAAUAUUUCAUGUGGUAUAUUCAACAAGUUCAAGGAUGAAAAAGGUAGCUUCAAGGAGGAUUUGAUCAGCAACGUACAAGGCAUGCUGGGCUUGUAUGAAGCUGCACAUCUCAGGGUUCAUGGAGAGGACACACUUGAAGAAGCACUUGCUUUCACCACCACUCACCUCAAGGCCACGGUAGAAAGUUUAGGAUAUCCUCUUGCAGAACAAGUUGCUCAUGCCCUGAAGCAUCCCAUUAGGAAAGGUUUGGAGAGGCUAGAGGCAAGAUGGUAUAUAUCUCUCUAUCAAGAUGAAGCUUCCCAUGAUAAAACUUUACUAAAGCUGGCAAAGUUAGAUUUCAAUCUAGUGCAGUCCCUGCACAAAGAAGAGCUAAGCAAUCUUGCACGGUGGUGGAAAGAAUUAGACUUUGCUACAAAGCUACCUUUCGCACGGGAUAGAUUUGUGGAAGGCUAUUUUUGGACACUUGGGGUGUACUUUGAGCCCCAAUAUUCAUGCGCUAGAAGAAUUUUAACCAAAUUAUUUGCCAUGGCUUCCAUUAUAGAUGAUAUCUAUGAUGCAUAUGGCACACUUGAAGAACUCCAGCCCUUUACAGAAGCCAUUGAGAGGUGGGAUAUUAAAAGCAUAGAUCACCUUCCAGAAUACAUGAAACUCUUCUAUGUGACACUCUUAGAUCUGUACAAAGAAAUCGACCAAGAGUUGGAGAAAUAUGGAAACCAAUAUCGGGUUUACUAUGCAAAAGAAGUAUUGAAGAGUCAAGUUCGAGCUUACUUUGCUGAGGCGAAAUGGUCCCAUGAAGGAUACAUACCUACAAUAGAAGAGUAUAUGCUUGUUGCACUCGUGACCUCAGGUUCCUGCAUACUUGCAACCUGGUCUUUCAUUGGAAUGGGAGAAAUCAUGACAAAGGAGGCCUUUGAUUGGGUGAUCAGUGAUCCUAAGAUUAUCACAGCUUCAACUGUAAUUUUCAGACUCAUGGAUGACAUCACAACGCAUAAGUUUGAGCAAAAAAGAGGGCAUGUGGCCUCGGGCAUUGAAUGUUACAUGAAGCAAUAUGGUGUCUCUGAGGAACAAGUGUACAGUGAGUUCCACAAGCAAGUUGAGAAUGCAUGGCUGGGUAUUAACCAGGAAUGCCUCAAACCUACUGCCGUUCCAAUGCCUCUCCUCACUCGUGUUGUCAAUCUUUCACGAGUCAUGGAUGUCAUUUACAAGGAGGGAGACGGGUACACACAUGUUGGGAAAGUGAUGAAGGAUAAUAUUGGAUCUGUGCUCAUUGACCCCAUAGUAUGA